AUGUAUGUGCACAAAUUGAUUUCGAGUGUGGGAAGGCUUAGUUCUGACAGGUUCUGUCUAGUCCGUGCUUCAUGGUAUCUCCCGACAGCAGAAUUAUGUUGGUCAAUCAUCACGUUCGGGUUUGCAGGGGUACAGAAUGUCAAGACGGUUUUUGCUCUCCGAUUCGUCAUUGGGAUGCUUGAAAGUCCAUACGCGGUCGGCGUUAUCACGGUAAUGGGAGGAUAUUACACAAAACGAGAGCUUGGGAAACGUAUUGCAAUCUUUUACUCUGCGAGCUACGCUGCCAGCAUGUUCAGUGGCUACCUGCAGGCCGGUAUUUACCGAGGACUCGACGGCCGCCUAGGCCUUGCAGGCUGGCGAUGGCUCUUUAUAUUUUGCGGCAUCAUAUCUCUUCCCGGCGCCUUCUGGGGCUACUAUGCAGUACCAGACAAUCCUUAUAACACCAAAGCACGUUGGAUGAGACCAGAGGAGAAAAAGGCAUAUAUUGCUCGGAUGGAGCUUGUUGAUCGCCGAAAACCGGUGCCGCUCUCAUGGGCAAAGAUUUGCAAGAUAAUAUCAGGGUGGAAGCUCUAUAUGAUGAUUUUAGCUCUGAUCUGCCACUGCAUUGUCACACAGCCUCUAAACUACUUCGCUGUAUGGCUGAAAUCUCUGGAUCGCUUUUCGGUCUAUCAAAUCAAUCUGUUUCCAACGGCAGCCCAGGCGCUAGGUUUGGUGACAACACUAGCUUAUUCUUGGGUAUCGGAUGGGUUGGGCGGCAAAAGGUGGCAACUCUUGACAGUCCCAGCGGUUGUAAAUUUUGUGGGCAUGAUCAUCGUUGCCGCGUAUCCUAAUUAUGGCGCAGUGUUCUUCGGGUAUCUGAUCAAUGCUGCUUCAUGGGGGUUCUGGCCUGUUCUCUACGCCUGGGCUAACGAGUUCUGUCACGAUGACGCCGAAGAACGAGCUAUAGUGAUCGGUGUGGCUCAAACGUUCGGCCAGGCUUUCGUUGCCUGGGUGCCUCUCCUGGUUCUAAACGUGGGAAAAUACGCUCCUCGGUUCCACUUGGGCUUCAGUGUCCUGAGUGGGAUCAGUGUCCUGCAAUUUACUAUGAUAUUUGUCCUCAGGUUCUUCGUGAAGCGACAGAACAGGCUAGAAGAGAUGCAACAGACACAUCCUGAAGGAAUUGAUUUCACCAGAGGUCCAGAUAGAGAGGACCAGAACGAAUCAGACACGCAGAGGGGGACAGGUGACACUGUCGAAUCGCUGGAAAAAAUUUCCCAGGGUCACCAAAGACUGUGGCGGUAA